AUGAGAAAGGGCGUCCAAAAAGUCAAGAAGUUGGCAUCUCUUGUGAGCAAGAAGGAUGGGAAAGCUUCAGGAUCAGGACUUCGCCGGCCAGCUAGUCCUCCACGACCCGAGGUGCAGCCACGUCAGAGAGGUAGACGGCCAGUUAGUCCUCGAGCUGCGCCGCUGCGACGCCCGAGGAGUAGACGGCUAGCAACUCACCCACCCGAGGAGCAGCAAGUGGAGGAGGAGCACCCGAGGGAGGAGGAGGUGCACUCGAGGCAGGAGGAGGAGGUGCCCGAGGAUCUGAUGCACCCGGUCUUUUUCGUACGGCCCACGAUGUGCUAUCGUCAGGAGGUGGACUCGAGGCAGUGGGACCCGCCGGAGGAGGGCGAGGAGUUUGUUGAUCCUGAUGAGGAGUUGCGCAAGAUAUUGCCAGGGUCACGUCCUGUCUAUUGUCGUGGGAUUUCGUCCCUCCCCGAUUUGGACGACUGGCUCAACACUGCUGGUAAGAUCGUGCUCAUAGCAACAGGUGAAAGGACAUUCGAGUAUAAGGAUGACGUCAAGCCGCCACGCGUCUACUCGAGCAUUCUUGGAUGCCUCGUAAGGAAGCACUUCCCUGGGUUUAUACCUGUGUCUAAAAUCCUUGGUAGCCAGUGUGUAGCUUGGACAUGGAAGCACUACAUGUACGCAAAGGAUCCGGAAGGCGAGUUCGAUAAUGCCCAGCAGAGAGUUCUCGACGAUUUCUGGAAAUACUUUGCACCAGACCCGGAGCACCGUCUUCUUUGCUACUCUGUGGCUAACGCCGUUGCGACGAAGCAAGUCCGAGACAUGCACUACGAGGGUCGUGUGUGGUGCGUUCGCAACUGGUACGCUGAGAUGCGCAAGAUCCGCAUAACUAAGAAAAAAGCCCGUCAGAUUACCAUGGAGCCGUGGCAGUAUCUGCAGGUGCCACCUCAGUACGUAGGAUUGGCCAACAAAGAAGUCUUCGAGUCGAUGGUACGGUAUUGGACAAGUAAAGAGUUCAAGAAGAAACAUGACAAUGGUGUGAAACGGAAAGCAGAGAUGGGCCAUCGUGGAUGCCACCGCCAAGGCAGCCUCUCCCUCGCCGGUCAUAUUCAAAAGGAGAGAAGGGAGACAAAGGUGGAGCCUAGCUUUUUUACAGUUUGGAAGAGGACACGCACCCUCGACGAGCCGGACCCCGACCGUAAGGGGUCGAUGUGGGUGAGUGAUGGAUCUGAGCUCCGGCAUACGGAGUACUGCAAGAAGUUGGGGGAGAUGCAUGGCACAGACGUGGACCCCCUCGGUGUCCCCUUUGACCCUGAGGUUGCCGUGCUAGCGGGACAGGGCAAGAGGAAUGGUCGCUUAUGGAUUGGUGACGGUUGCAUCCAUCCUGCGACCAUUCCAUCUAUCCGCCAGCUCCGUCGUGGCAGGGACGAGCUCCGAUCCUCAAAUAGAGACCCGUCCCACGCCUUCGAGUGUAGCUAUGCAAAGAAUCCAGGUAUGUCCUUCAUCCUUGGUCAUCUACAUUUCAUUACAAGUUUUCCAUUGUAA